AUGUCGUCAGGAAAGGUUAAGAGCGUCCAGCUUUGGGACAAGUCCAAGGAGGACUUGAUGAAGCAGCUCGGCGAGCUCAAGACUGAGCUCGGCCAGCUCCGCAUCCAGAAGGUUGUCUCCUCUGGUUCCAAGCUCUCCAAGAUCCACGAUAUCCGCAAGUCUAUCGCCCGUGUCUUGACCAUCAUCAACGCCAAGCAGCGCAACCAGCUCCGUCUCUUCUACAAGAACAAGAAGUACGCUCCCCUCGACCUCCGCCCCAAGCAGACCCGCGCCAUCCGCCGCAGAUUAUCACCUGAGGACAAGGCCCGCGUUCUCGAGAAGACGAAGAAGCGCGCUACUCACUUCCCCCAGCGCAAGUUUGCCAUCAAGGCUUAA